AUGGCCUCUUCCUCGUCGUCAAGCUCGUCUGGGCCACCGUCGUCGUCGGCGGUCACAAUACCUGUGCCGGGAAAGUCGAUCCUCAAGAAGCCACCACCGCAACAACAGUCGCUGUUCUCUCGCAUCACCCGAUUUCUGCCAACGCAGAACCAAACCCCUGCGGCCAGCGGCGAGGAUGCGAAACCUCUGAAGAGAGCCCACUUCAUCCUACCACAGAUUGCCAUUGUAUACCCCAUCUCUUCUGUCAACCCGCCAUCAACACCGACACUCAAGGAGGAAAAGAGGGCGAUUGAGGACAGGGAGGCUGAGAGGCGCAAAAAGGCUGUUCGAGGCACCCCGACGAGUCCUGGAGGUCAGGAAGUGGAAAAAUGGUGGUCGAUGGACCGUGUGGAAGCAUUCUAUCGAGAGUGUUGCGCAGGCUGUGAAGAGGAGCCGGACCCAGCGAUUACCGUUGCCCUGAAGCAUGCAACCGCCACCAACCCUAGAACAGUGGACUUCUCUGGCGUCCAGCUAAAUUUCACCUCUGCGUCAAUUCUAUCAGAUGUGUUCACCAUCGAAUGGGGCCUUCGAAAGCUCGUAUUUCGAGAAUGCGACUUGGAUGAUCAAAUUUUGAAACCAAUGCUUCAUUCUCUCCUGAUUCCAGGGACCCUGUCAUUCCUGUCGGUCGCGUCGAACCGACGCUUGAAGCCUCCGGCCUUUCGUCUGAUCGGAGCUUAUGUGGGCAAGGCGAAAAGCUUGCAAUUUUUAGAUCUUUCACAGAACAUGUUGGAUAAGAAGUCGAUGGAAUACAUCGUGGCAGCGUUGGAAACGGCUCCUGAGCCUGGUUUGGUAUCGUUGCGGCUCGACGAUUGUUCACUACGACCGGCAGCUCUAGAGACUCUGUGUCGAGCUGUCCGGACUUCAUCCCUCAAGAAUAUCUCUCUACGGCAUAACCGUAUCUCUGCCAGCGGAGGGGUCGCCCUUGCCCUCAUGAUAAGAGACUACCCCGAUGUCGUUCCUACCCCUUUAUCCCCUGUCCCAUCCAGCUCAUCAGCCACCCCAUCCUCAUCCGCAGCAUCCUCUCCAACCACCUCCGUAUCCAACCUCUCUAUAGCGUCACCCCCUGCGACACCAACGAUAUCCUCACCCAGCCCUCUCAGCGCAAGAGUGCCCGGGCAUAACGGAAGUAACAGCAGCAUCUCCGGUGUUGUUAGCCUACCACCGCCUCCACGACACCCGCCUCUAGGCGUCCAGACAACUUAUACCCCGUAUGUUCCUCGGGCAAGACGCGGUCGAGCACCGCCAACGACAGCAACAAACCCGCUCUCGCCGACAGGGCAACACAUACCCCUUAUCACUUCGUCAUCACAAGGGGGCGUCACGAUGCGUCAUCCGGUGCCGAACGGAGGCGUUCCAGGUGCGAACGGGGUUCCACACCAUGACGCAGGCCCGAGUGCAGCGCUGUUGGAUAAGGUCAGAGCGCUGGACAACCUGCCUAGGCUGGGUGCACUCAGAACGCUGGAUUUGAAGGGUAAUGAUCUGAGGACGGGCAUCACCUACAUCGCGCAGGUGCUCAAGCGGAACAGGACGCUAAAAGUGCUUAAUCUGAGCGAGAACAAGCUCGAUGUGCAGUGUCUGGUAACAAUCGCAGAGGCGCUGAAAUACAACUCGUCUCUUGAGACACUGGAUCUGAACAAGAACCCCUGCUCAGGGCCAGGUUUGGAGGGGAUCCAAUCACUCCGGACAGCCUUUACGCUGAACACGGCACUCAAGCGCUUAUUUCUGUCGUCGACGUCGAUGACCUCCGCUGGAGCGAUCGCGCUGGCCGAGUUCUUGCCCGAGUCGACGUCGCUCCUCCACUUGGAUCUGACGAACAACAACAUCGACAUCGCGGGCGUGAUGGCCCUCAGCUCCGGUCUGAAGGCGAAUCAUACGAUGAGAUGCUUGGACCUGAAUAUUCCUCCUGGUGAUGAGGAGUUUGCUAGGAUGUGCAGGGAGAUCUUGUCGUCGUGUGUUCGUAAUACGGAGGAAGCCGAGCGUGCCUCGAAGGCUGCGGAAGGCGCUGUGCGAGGAAAGAGUUUAUGGGGUAUGAUCGAGGACAGCGAGCUUGCGAAGUCGAUUCGAUUGGACGAGGAGAAGAAAAUCGAAACCGACGUCGUUAUCCGUGCACGGUCAUAUUUGACACAGCUCAACGAGAUUAUUGACGCUAACCCACCUUCCAAACCCUCGAAAUCUACCAACGAUGUUGUCGCGAAAGUCAAAGCUGUCGUCUCCGAGCUGGCUAUCGUCAUCCAAGAGACGGAAGACCCGACACGUCUCGAAGAGCUUCUAGGCAUCAACGAUCAGCUUCUCUCCUUGCUGAAGAAGGUGCCAGUCAGCACUAGGCCCAGCCUCACCCUACACGGCCUUGGAUUGUCCCUCGACAACUCAUCUCAGAGCUCUGAUGACGGAGAUGGACGGCUGGAUGGUUUCCCUGGCAUCAACAAGCGACCGAACGGUGGUGCACAUCUGGCUGUCAACGGUUCGGACUCGAGUAGUACGGAGGGCAUGGAGGACGAAGAUGACUUGUUGACGCCGACCACGCCUAGGGUUGAUAAAGGCAAAGGCAGGGCAGAACCCGAGCCAGAACCGGACGUUGUGCUCAGUCCGAAGACAUUCAUGCCGUUGUCGCCUGAAGCUUGUAUAGACGAGGAGGCGAGGUAUGAGGAAGGCAUCGCCUCUCCGAAUGAUAUGUCUCGAAGUAUGGUGAUGGAGGAAGGAGAGGUGUUCAGGAAAGGGACGGUGUUGCUGGGCCCCGAGGAGAUGGAAGGCGAAUAUGCUGGCGAGGAGCUUCGCAAAGAGCUUCUCGAGGCUAUGGUUGAACGUCCGCCCCCGCGUCCUAUGGACGAGUACGGGAUAGACGGGAUCGCUGGCCUGCCCGACCCCAACCGCGACAUCCACGCUGACCGAUCGCCGAAUCGAUCUCCGAGCAUACCACCUGCGUCUCCUUCGGUGGAGAGUCCCAAGCCGAGACCGUACAUCUCCCGCACGAGGUCGUCAUCAAACUCAAUUUUGAGCAUAAUCUCGCCCGUACCCUCUCCUUCUAUGGAACAAGCGGACACGGCGAUGUCAAGAGCCACACUGAGCCCUGUAUCUCCGUCUUCGGCACGGCCUCCUCUUGCGAGGAGCCAGUCAACCCCGACGGCCUCGUAA